CACGUUUUUUGUUACGGCUUGAGGUCAAGAGUUACAGAAAUGGAGGCGUUCGAAACGUAAACAGUAGUUUGCGCUUUUGGAGGACAGCUCACAGUUAUGGGGCUGUUGUCGCGGACAGUGGAGUCUGUGUUAAAGCAGAGGGAGGGGAGCCGCAGACACUUCUGGGGUUGGCUCAAUGCUGUUUUUAACAGGGUGGACCAUGAGCGGAUCAAAGCGAUCGGUCCGGACCGAGCUGCAGCCGAGUGGCUGCUGAGGUGCGGUGCCAAAGUGCGGUUCGAAGGUUUCGAGCGCUGGCACCACGACUACAACGGACUCCCAACGGGGCCCCUCGGCAGAUACAAGAUCCAGGCGAUCGACGCUACGGAAUCCUGCAUCAUGUACAAAGGGUUCGACUACCUGGAUGGCUUGAAAUAUGUGGAGGAAAUGAAAUUCAACAAGUGUAUCUACAUCGAGGACGUCUGCCUGGAACGGCUGAGUUCGAUCGAGAACCUGCAGGCCAGCCUCUACAUGAUGGAGGUGGUGUCCUGUGGAAACGUGACCGACAAGGGCCUUGUCGCUCUCCACCAACUCAAGAACUUGGAGUAUCUGUUUCUGAGUGAUCUUCCAGGAGUGAAACACAGGCGCGCCACAGUCGAGAGGCUCCAGAAGGCGCUUCCACGUCUGGACGUGGAGCUGGACCUGGACUGAGUCCAGAGCGGCUCAGGCACUCCUCAACCAUUACUCCCAAGUUUAUUUAAUCAGUUAAUCAGUUUGUGCUUGUGAAAACAUUUAGGACUUUUGUCAUUUUUAAUAUCUUAUUUAGAAUACUUUGGCAUUUUGUUGAUACAGACGAUGAGAAUGAGAACUAAUGAAUGCUUGUAACAGGAACGGAUGCAGCUGUGUGUCAAUAAAUAUCGUUUGUAGAACU